AUGUUUUUCCAGUCUUCAAGAAUAUUUGGAGAGACAACAAAAUUUGUCACUUUACCUGAUGGGGUUUUCCCAACCAGCUUACUCUGGUCUCCAAAAGAUGUAGUUGCUGGGAAGAAAGUUGGAUAUGAUGUCUUUGUUUUAACAUCCACAGAUGGUAAAAUCCAUUACAUAAAUAGAGCAGGUCGUUUAGAGAAAAGCACUGAUGCUCAUAAAGGGGCUAUACUCUGUGGUCGAUGGUCACCAAAUGGAGAAGAUUUUGCUACUGCUGGAGAAGAUGGCUUGGUGAAAAUUUGGUCAAAGCAACGAAUGUUACGUUCCACUCUUGUACAAAACAGUACCCCUGUUUAUUGCUUGGCUUGGGCUCCUGACUCCAAACAAUUAGUUUUCACCAAUGGCAAGCACCUAGUCAUUAAAGGGCAGCAUGGAGGUUCAAAACCUAUUAUGUGGAAAGGUCAUGAUGGCCUUAUCUUAGUACUUGAAUGGAAUUCAGUCAAUGGUCUAAUUCUGUCAGGGAGUGAAGAUUGCAAAUACAAGAUAUGGGACUCUUAUGGACAGCCUGUUUACAGUAGCCUUGCUUAUGAUUAUCCAAUAACAUCUGUGGCUUGGAAUCCAAAUGGAGAACUUUUUGUGGUUGGAUCUUUUAAUAGCCUGCGGUUGUGCGAUUGCAGUGGAUGGUCAUAUACUUUGGAGAAACCAAAUACAGGAAGUAUCUUCUCUUUAGCAUGGUCGUCAGAUGGAACUCAAAUCUCUGGAGCUUGUGGCAAUGGUCAUGUUAUCAUUGGGCACUUAAUUGACAGGCACCUAGAGUGGAAAAACUUUGAUGCAACUGUCAUUAGCAACUAUCAAAUCAAUGUGCGAAAUGUUCUCAGUGAUACAAAAGAAAUGCUGGAUUUUCGGAAUCGCAUUAUCAAAGUUUCAUUUUCAUUUGGCCAUCUUGUGGUUGCUACUGCUUCCCAGUGUUAUAUAUACAGUAUCAAGAACUGGAACACACCACUAAUAUUUGAUCUCAAAGAAGGCUGUGUCACCCUUAUUGUCCAAGCUGAAAAACAUUUCUUGUUGGUUGAUGGCUUAAAUGUAAGCAUUCACUCGUAUGAUGGCCGUCUGGUUAGUCCUAUCAAGUACAGUGGAAUGAGGGCAGAACUCAUGAAUAACUUAACUGCCUCUCUCAGUAAUGAUACACUUGCUAUUCGAUCCAAGCAAGAUGAAAAGGUUAUCCAUGUUUUUGAUACUAACUCUGGAAGGCUGGUUGGAGAUGGUAAACCAAUUUCACACCAGUUAGAGGUUGUAGAAGUAGCUCUUGAUCAGUCAGGACCAUCAAAUGAAAGACGACUUGCAAUUGUCGAUAAAAACAGAGACCUUUACCUUACUACAGUAAGGGUUUUUGGAAAAGGCUGCAAAUUUUUGAAAUUAGGAACAAUGAUUCAAUCCCUGGCAUGGAAUAAUUCUUGUAAUAUGCUUGCUGCAUUGUCUGAUGACCGGCUGCUUAUUUAUUGUUAUCCCAAUGCUAUCUAUGCUGAUAAAGACUUAUUACCAAGUGUGAUUGAUGAAAGGGAUUCAAGUGAAUUUGGCAAGCAACCUUGGAUUCUCCAGUUCUCAGACAACCAAGUUGUAAUGCGUCGUUCUGAAGGCUCUCUUGUUAGCACAGCCAUAACACCUUACCCAGCCAUUCUUCAUGAGUAUGUCUCUGCUGCAAAAUGGGAAGAUGCUGUCAGGCUUUGCCGGUUUGUAAAGGAGGACAUGCUAUGGGCAUGUUUAGCAGCAAUGGCAGCAUAUGCCAAAGAACUUUCAACUGCUGAAGUUGCUUAUGCAGCUUUAAAAGAGGCAGACAAGAUACAAUAUAUUAUGCAUAUCAAAAACAUUCCUGUGAAAGAGGCUCGUAAUGCUGAAAUGGCCUUGUUUUGUGGCAAUAAUCAGGAUGCUGAAGCAAUUCUUUUGCAAGCUGGCCUUAUCUUUCGAGCUAUUCUUUUGAAUAUAAAAAUUUAUAAUUGGAACCGUGCUCUUGAACUGGCUUUGAAGCAUAAGACACACAUCGAUACAGUUCUUGUCUAUCGGCAGAAAUACCUCCAAAAAUUUGACAAGCAGGAAUCAGAUAAAAGAUUUCUGCAGUAUGGUGAAGGAGUUGAACUUAACUGGGAUAAAGUCAGAACCAAAAUGGACUUUGAAUAUCAGAAGGAAAAAGAACAUUUUUCAACAGCUAAAGCUUGA